AUGCCGCAACAGUACGAAAAUGCAAAGUUAAAACUUGCUAUUGCACUUUAUAAUGUUAAGCAUGCUGCACUAACCGCUAAUUUGUGGUCUAACCAAAAUAUGGACUCCUUUAUUUUUUUUUAUUUUUUUUUUAUAGGAGAGGGGGCAAACGAGCAUGCGGCUCACCUGAUGUCGUCUGUAGGGUGGCGAGCGCUUAAAGCAGAACAGAAGGAAAGAAAUCCCAAUACUACUCCUUUAAAGUUGAUACAAGAAGUAUCGACACGAUGGAACAGCAAAUUCUACAUGGUGUCUAGAGUUCUUCAAUUAUCUGAUGUUCUGGCAUUAGUAUGUAGAAAAUUAAUCCAGGCACCAGACUACUUAUCCGCCUGUGAAGAAAAAGUGGGCAAAGAAAUAAUAAAGAUUUUGGAAAUAUUCGAACAGGCUACAAAGCUUGUUAGUGCUGAUACAUAUCCGACCAGUUCAUUAAUCAUACCCGUAAUUUGUGGAUUGUAUGAGAAUUUGACCACUCUGGGGACAGAUAUAGGCAAAAUGUUUUGCUCAUCAGUAAGGCGUAAUAUGAGCAGCAGGCUUUUAGUAUACGAGACAAGAACUGUCACGCAAAUGUUAACAUUCUUACAUCCGGUAUUAAGGUCUGGUUUUAGGCGCUCGGAAAAUAUGUUAUCUGCAAAAGAAAUAAGCCCGAGCAUGUUGAAGCUGAAACUGCAAAAACGGCUGAAAGUGCUGGCACUUUUUGGAGCACAUUUAGUGCCACUGAACGUUUUAGCGCUAAAAUAUUUAUCGGUGCCAGCAACGUCUGUGCCUUCGGAAAGGAUAUUUUCCAAAUCGGGAUAUAUACUGUCAUCCAGAAGAAGCAGGUUGCAAGCGGAUGCUGUCGAUCACAUCUAUUUUCUUAAUCAAAAUUACGACUUAUGUGAUUAG